AAAUUUCAUUAAGGAUUUUGAUGAAAAAUUAUCAACAUUGGAUCAUCAAUGGCAUCAAAUAAAAGAUCAUUUAGAAAAUCGUGAUGAAAAUUUAUCGACAAUAUUAACAUGUUCAGAAACAUUUUGGUCUAACUAUAAUCAAUUAUGUAAUUUAAUUGAAGAAAUAAAAUAUGAAUUAGAAAUAAUUCAUCCAUAUUCGACAAGUAAAGACUAUAUUCAAAUACAACAAUCAAAACAUGAUGAUUUAAAAUUAAAAUUAACAUUAAAUGAGUCAAAAUUUAAUGAAACAAUUCAUGUACAAAGUGAAAAAUUAUUAGAAUUAUGUCAGAAUAAUUUAGAUAAAGAUGAUAUACAACGUACUGUUAAAGAUUUAGAUCAUGAAUGGUUAGAUAUUAAAUCAAAAUUAGAUAAUUGUCAAUUAGAAUUAAAAUUAUCAAUGAUAAAAUCUAUUGAAUUUAAUGAAAAAUUAGAUAAUGUCUCAACAUGGUUUGAUAAUAUUGAACAAUUGGCACCAUUUCUUAAACAAGACAAUGAAUCUCAAGGAAAUGUUGAUGAAUCAUUUGAACAAAUUCGUACAGCAAAAGAUCAUUUAGAUUGUAAAUAUUUGGAUAUAAUACAUUUACAACAAGACUAUGUGGAAAUUGUACAAAAACGACCCGAUGAUGAUUAUAUACAAGAAAUGAAAAUAAAUCAACAAGAAAAUAUUAUUCAUGAACAAUUAACAUCGAUUGAUACAAAAUGGAAUCGAAUACAUGAACAAAUUCAAGAACGUAAAACAUUAUUAUAUGAAACGGCUCUUCAUAAUCAACGUAUUUCUCUUGUAAUUAAUGACAUUUAUUUAUCUCUAUCUGAUUGUGAAUCAAAAUUAUCAAAAAUUGCUAUUGAUGGUGUUGUUGGUGAUGUUAAAGAACUUGAAAUGGAUAUAUCUAAAUUAAAAAUGUUAAUUAAUGAUAUUGAAUUAAUUAGUUAUGAUAUUGAACAAUUAAAAGAAACGGUUAAUUUAAUACAAAAUGAUAAUAAUUAUAAUGAAAAUAUUGAUGAAAUACAACAAUCUAUUGUUGAUGUUACACGAACAUGGGAUAAUUUAUUAAAAUGUUCAAUUGAAAAAUAUCGUCUAUUAGAAUCUUAUUUACAUCAAAUUCAAAUUAUUCAUAAUUCUAUUGAAGAAUUAGAUAAAGAUUUAGAUAAUUUAGAUAAACGUAUUGUUGGUUUUCAUUUAAAUGCUGUUGGACAUGAAACAAAAAAUCAAAAUAAUAAAUUUAAUGAUUUAUGUUUAGAAUUAAAUUCAAAUGAACAACGUCUUGAAAAAAUAUUUCAACAAAUUAAUUUAAUAAAAAAUGAUAAUAGUAAAAAUAAUCUUACAAUAUUAACAAAUUUAUAUAAACAAUCAAAAUUAAAAUUUGAUCAAGUACAACAGAAUACAUUGAAAAAAGGAGAAGAUAUAACAGAAAUAUCAAAAUCUAUUGAAUUAUUUCAUAUAUCAUUACAAAAAUUUAUUGUAUGGUUAACAGAUACUGAAAGACAAUUAAAUAAUUUAAAACCAAUUUGUCGUGGUAUAUUACCAAUAAUAUUAACACAAAUUGAUGAUCAUGAUCAAUUUCAACAAAUACUAAAUGAAUAUAAAGAACAUUUAUUAAGUGUACAAAAAUUAGGUACACAUCUUAAAUUUAUAUGUCCAAAACAAGAUUGUAUUCUUGUUAAAAAUCUAUUAUUAUCUGUUCAACAACGAUGGGAUAAAAUAUUGGCUAGAUCAAAAGAGAGAACAAGAGAAUUAAAUAAAGGAUAUCAAGAAGCAAAACAGUUUAAUAAUGAUUGUCAAGAAUUAGAACAAUGGUUUGAUUUUUCUAUUGAAAAAUUAGUUGAACAAUCGAUAAAUAAAAGUGAAAAUGGUGAAUUAAAACAACAAUUAUUAAAACAUAAAGAAUUUUCACGUUUAUUAGGAACAAAACAGAUUCCAUAUGAUCAUAUACAACGUCAAGGAAAAAAAUUAAGUGAAAUGACAAAUGAUAACAAUGAUAAGGUGAAAUUAAAUGAAUUAUGCAAACGUCUCAAAGAUAAAUGGACAAAAUUAUGCAACAUGUCAUUACAAAGACAACGUGAAAUUGAACAUUCGUUACUUUUAUGUGGUCAAUGUAAUGAUGCUUUACAAUCAUUAAUUGAAUGGUUAUCAUCUAUCGAGCAGACAUUGCGUGAUGAUCGUAUCUAUGGUGAUAUUGAUACAAUUAUUAAUGAAACUGAAUUACAUAAUUUAAUUGAAAAUGAAUUUGAUAUUCGUACAUCGGAAAUUGAAUCAAUAAAAUCGACUGUUCGACGUUUAGUUUCCUCAUCGUAUGAUGAUGCUCAAUCAGCUGAACAACAAUUGUUAAAUCUUGAUCAUUUAUGGGAUGAAAUGUAUGAUUUAUGUAAAGUAAAACAUGAUAAAUUAGAAAUAGCUUAUGAAUAUGCACAAAGAUUUAAUAAACAAACAAAAGAAUUACUUGAUUGGAUAAUGAAAUGUGAACAUUAUCUUAAAUUUUCAUUAUCAUCCGGAGAAAUUAUUGAUUAUGAUCAACUAAAUGAUAUGAAUGAGAAAUUUGAUCAAUAUUUAGAACAAUAUAAGGAUAAAGAAGAUUUUUAUAUGUCAAUAAUUGAAUUAGGACAAUUUAUAUUAGAUAAAUCUCAUCAAGAUUCAAUUGUAAUUAUUAAACAAUGGUUAAGUGUUAUUAAAUCAAGAUGGAUGGAUCUUCAACGUUUAACACAACAACGAAAAGAAAAAUUGAAAGAAUUAAAAGUAAAUCUUGAUGAAAAUGAAAAAAUAAUCAUUGAAUUAAAUCAAUGGUUAGAUGAAAUGAAUAUACCCACUGAUGUAAUUGAAACAUUACCAACAAAUUUAAAACAAUUGAAUCAAUUAUUAGAUGAACAACUAAAAAUAAAUCAAAACUUAUCUAAUAGACAAAAUGAUAUUGAACGAUUAGUUCAAAUUUAUCAACCGCGUAAUGAAACUUUACCAACAAUAUCUACAACUACAAUGACUCAUAAUAAAAAAGUGAGCAAAUUAAAAAGACCAUCAACAAGAAUUAAUACUUUACAACAGACAAUACUUAAAACAUCACCGUCACAAUUAAACUUGUCCACAACUAUUCAAAAUCCUAAAAUUCGAACAUUAGUUAAAAAAUGGACACAAUUAAAAACAACUGGCGAACAAAAACAAAAACAAAUACAAGAUGCCAUUGAACAUGAGGAAGCAUUGGAGCAAAUGCAAAAUUUUAAUUUUGAUAAAUGGCGUCGACGCUACAUUGGAUGGUUGAGAGAUAAUCGUGCUAGAAUUAUGGAUAUAUUUCGACGUUUAGAUCGAGAUAGAACGGGUAAAAUUAGCCGAGAUGCAUUUAUCAACGGAAUAUUACAAACAAAUUUUGAAACAAAUCGUGUAGAAAUGGACGCAGUUGCAAAUCAUUUUUAUGAUAAAGAAAAUUUUAUUGAUUAUAGAGAAUUUUUUUCAGCACUUAAACCAGAACGAGAGUUAAUUCGACCAUUUACGGAUACAGAACGAAUUAAAACAGAAGUCAAUAGACAAGCAUCACUUUGUCAGUGUUCAAAAAAAUACGAAGUACAACAAGUUGCUGAAGGACGAUAUCGUUUUGGUGAGAGUCAAAGUCUUCGAUUAGUAAGAAUACUAAGAAGUACAGUGAUGGUACGUGUGGGUGGAGGAUGGACAGCAUUAGACGAAUUUUUAGUUCGUCAUGAUCCGUGUCGAGGACGUUUAUAUUAUAUUCAAGAAGAUAAAGAAACCAAAGGCAGAACAAACUACGAAUUGCAUGAACAUUAUUCAUUACGUGAUGGUGUUAGUCAAACGAUGAGUUUAUUUAAACCAAAACUUAUUACUAUACAUCGACCAUCGUGCAUUCUUCAUCAACAGCAGCAACAAUUGCAAACACGCUCGACUACAGCGAAAACGAAAGAUAAAUCAAGGCGUACAUCAUCUUCCAUAUCAUUGAAUCAAGGUGAAAUGUCGUCAACAGCUUCUGUUGAAGAUAUAUCGGCAGUAACAAGUUCCGAUCAAGCACAAAUGGAUCAAAUGAGUGAUAUCGAUCAUCCAUCAUCGAUACAAAAUAGCAGCGAUGGACAAAAUGGCACAAUUAGUGUAGGAGGAACAUUGAGUCGUGCAUCGAGCAAAGAUAGUAUUCUAUCGGAACAGUCAUCAAUAACAUCAAAUUCAGCUCAACAACAACGAACAAGUAAAUUACCCGUAUCAAUAAAUCGAUUGAAAAAAAAUUCUACACCAUCAUCAAAUAUAAAACAUUAA